AAAAAAAUGAAAAAGUGACAUGACGUCGUUAUUACCGAGUUACAAAUAGAUUUCUAAUUAAUCACUUUCGGCGAGUUCCAUAUCUUUCAUGUUUGCUUCAGUCCCUCACCGGAAAACUCAUAGCCAUUCCUUGAACACCGAACCUCGAUCUAGUUACCUAUUCCUCUCAACUCCAACCUCUUACACCUACCAACUGUUUGAUAAAAUCUCUCAACCAAACACGUCGCACAAAUUACCACCGUUUAACUAUGAGAUCAAACCAAUAGGCCACGUGUUAUGUGAUUUUGUCCUAAACUCAUUCUCCACCCUCCCAAAAUUCAGGAAUCCUUACCUUUUGUUACUGCUUUCACAAUGACAAACAAAUUUCUCUCCACUCCUCUUUCAACUUUCUUCAAAUUGAGACGAACCUUAACUUCAAUUCCCCAACGUUUAUCUCCUCACCUUAAAAUUCAACAUUCAUCACCACCCUUUGCACCACCGUAUGAUAUUGAUAAUCUCUGUCAUGGUUACCCUACCUGCUAUUAUUAUUCUUCACUUGGGUUUCUCAGAUUUUGCAGAAAAAGUUUAUGUUCAAAACCUGCAGAGAAAUUCCAAACCACAUGCUGGAAUUGCCACGGUGUUCCUCAAUCAACACCUUUCCUGUUCUGCCAAUCAUGUUGCUGCAUUCAGGCUGUUGAUCAUUCGAUUGACUAUUUCGAAAUUUUCGGGACGGAGAAGAAGUAUGAUGUAGAGGGUAUUGAUUUGGAGCGGAAGUACAAGGAGUGGCAAAAGAAACUGCAUCCUGAUUUAGUGCAUUCUAAAUCUCAGAAAGAAAAAGAUUUUGCUGCUGCACAAUCAGCAAGAGUGAUUGAUGCAUACCGUACACUUAGCAAGCCUUUGUCAAGAGGGAUUUACAUGCUGAAGCUCAAAGGAGUGGAAAUUGAUGAGGAGCAGACAAUUUCAGAUCCAGAAUUACUAGCAGAGAUUAUGGAAAUCAGGGAAGAAGUUGAAGAAGCAACUAACUCCGAGGCUCUGAAUCACAUUCGCUCCCAGAUGCAGGAGAAACUACAAAAUUGGUCUAAUGCCUUUGCUGAUGCUUUUAAAAGACGGGACUUUGAAGAAGCCAAGAAUGUAAUUAGGAGAAUGACUUAUUAUAGUCGUGUAAUUGAGGAAGUUGUGAAGAAGCUUUGAUGUUUUUUUUUUUAAAGAACAGAAUAAUAACACCAUUUGAUUAAUAAUCAAAUAAGUAAUACAAGAAGAUGAUUCAUGGUUGAUAGAAAUUGUAACAACUAAGUAUGUAAUUAGUGUUAUUAUAUAUUUUGAAAUAUAACAACUACUACUGCCAAUGCCAUUGAGCACUCUUUCAGCAUUAA